AGCCAUAAAUGUUUGAACGCCUUGCUUCUGAGCCAUGCAGCCGGGGCUGCUUUUAGCUUUGCUCUUGCCGAAGGCAGCAGGAGUGCCGGUAACCGGCUCCCCUGAGUGCCCGUGCGUGGAUGUGGAGUCCGGGGGCUAUGGCCGUGGCUGCGCUGCACACGACAUCAACAACUCAGCGUACCCGCAGUGCAUGUCCGACGCUCCUCCCGGCUGGUGCGGCGACAUGUGGUGCUAUGUCAACAGGAGCAACUGCUUAGUGACCAACGAGGUGAGCAUCUCGCCUACCGCCCCCCCUGCCUAUUGGAGCUACACCACCUGCGGUUACCGGGACCUUUUUUCCUUGAACAACAUCACGGACAGCAUCCGGGGCCAGACCCUCCGGGUGCUUUUCAUCGGCAACACUGGAGGCUGGAAAGGCAACUACUGUACCGACAACGGGCAGAUCUGUGUAAAUCAGCGCGGCUACGGACCUGUACAGCGAAUUCUCGACUCCAUGACCCGCUCAUCAGGCUUCAAUUUACAUCAGCUGAACGAAGCUCCAGAAGCUGUCCGGGAGCACAUGGCGCGAGUCAAUCCAACUGGCUCCCAGUUUGACCUUUGCACGUGGGCCACCGGCAUGGGCUUCGUUGACAUCUGCGGGUGCUCCAUGGUGAUGCUCCCCAGGCGAACUGACGCGAGCCCCUUCUUGACCCUUUGGACGGAGCCCGUGGUGCUGGUGGGGCCUUUGCGCGGCAACCAAGGCCUCGGCGGAGACUUUGGGGCCAUGCUGGGCAAGGCGUUCCGACCUCUGAGCCCGGGGCUCUGGGGGCUUGCUGUGGUAGUGGCCUUGUCCAUGUCCUUCCUCAUCACAAUGUUCGAGAAGACUGAGGGAGGCCAGUUCGAGGAUGUGGAGCAUGGUGAAUCCUUUGGCUCUGGCCUCUUCAUGGCCUUCUUCAGCCUGGUGACCUUUGAGGUGCAGUUCGCACCCCAGACGGUGGGAGGGCGCAUUGUUUCCUUGGGCCUGGCGUUCAUCCUGAUUUUGCUGGUCAGCGGCUACACUGCAAGCUUGACCUCCUUCCUGGUGGUGGACAAUCGCCUCAGCUCCACCGUCAGUGACCUGAAUGGUGCGAUUCGGCUGGGCCUCAAGAUUUGCGCCCAUCGCUCAGACAGCGUGCAGCUGUUGCUGAACGGCGUCAAGGAGGAGAAUGUGGUGAUCCAGCAGAGCCGGUCAGUGGUGUUACCUUCCGUUUCGGAGGGAGCCUGCGACCUGGCUGUGGUCCGGCAGGAGGACCUGGAGGCGUCACAGGCCCAGAACGGUGGCUCCUUCUGCCAACUGACGAGGAUAGGAGAUCCCGUCACCACAAGUUGGACAGGGAACUUGCGCAGAGAAACUAGGUUUUCACAGCAGAUGGUGAGCGGGUGGAUUGGGCAUGAUCGGCAUCGCCGUCUCCAAGAAGUGGUCCUGGGCGUUGCAAUACGCCAUGACCUCUGCAGAGCAAGAGGGGCUCGUGCUACAGGCGCAGAGCGCGUACAAGCCGCAGGACUUUUGCUCCGCUGUGGCGGCAGAGGCGGAGGCCACGGCGGAGCCACCCUCACUGCAGGUCGAAGGUAUGGCUGGACCCUUCGUCCUCACCAGCGCCAUUGCGGGCUUUGGGGUCUUGGUUCAUUUGACCAAGGCUCAGAUCGACAAGCGGCGCAGGGGCAGAAAGAGCCAGCGCGAAAAGAGUCAGCGUGAGAAGAUGAACCCGGAGGUCACAGACGCCACAGACACCUUUGAAGACGUCGGGCAAGAAGCCGCGAAGCCAGUGCUUCCGGAGUUGCAAGUUGAAGCAGCGGGGGCAGCGCAAGCAGGAACAAAGAGCCUCGCGCGCGAUGAGGUCAACGCCAAAGAGGAUGAGGUCGAGGACUGCUUGCAAGUGAGUCCCAUUUAACACAACUUGAUGUGAAUAGCUCCAGCAUAUUUGGGAUGCUUCCCAAACAAAGUUGAUGGGGUUGGCUUUUUUCCCAGUCGGGAAGUUUCAAUCCGCCAGUUCUAAAUGCAGCUGGCGCCACUUUGUCCACUUUGUCGCUGUCCGGACAGUCGCGGGUCCGGCUCGUCUUGUUCAAACUUGGAAUUUUAAGCCGAGCAACCAGGAUCCGUGUUUUUUUUCAGACCUGCACACAGAGAACGUGUGACAUCGCCCGCAAUGAAUUCAUGAGAGGAUGUUUUCCUGGCGGCCUAGUAACUGGCCGGGACGAGUUUUCAUCAGAGAUCGGAGAAGGAGCAAAGGAGACA